CUUCCCUCAACUUCCAACCGCCACGGAAUCUCACCCAUCUCAAGCUCAAACUACCAAAACGAUGCGUUCCGGUACUCCCUCUAGUUCCGCAGGAGCCAGCAGCGGUGCAGAGACGGGGCGUCACCCGGUGUACCGGGGGGUGAGGCGUCGGAGUAGCGGGAAAUGGGUGUCUGAAAUUCGAGAGCCCAGGAAGCCCAAUAGGAUAUGGUUAGGGACAUUUCCUACCCCUGAAAUGGCCGCCAUUGCCUAUGACGUGGCUGCCCUUGCCCUCAAAGGCAAGGACGCCGACCUGAACUUCCCUGACUCCGCGUCUUCGCUGCCCGUUCCUGCCUCUCCCGCUGCCCGUGACAUUCAGAUUGCUGCAGCCAGUGCUGCUGCCGCUGCUGGCGCAGCCAAGGAUGCCUUGUCCUUGCCUCAUGAACAAGGCAGCGCUAGUGUGAGCCUCUCGGAGGGACAACAACAUGGCGGUGCUGAGUUUGUGGACGAGGAUUUGAUCUUUGAUUUACCCAAUGUUCUUGUCAACAUGGCUGAAGGAAUGCUGCUCACCCCUCCUCCUUUGGACUUUACUGGGAACAACGAUGCUGAUUUUGCUGCCGGAGGCAACGUCGGUGAUGAUGAUCAAAACCUUUGGAAAUUUCCAUAAUGUCUCCCGUCACAUAACCCCCUACCUUUAUAGUAUACUAUGUUGCAUGACUAUUAAUUGAUGCUUGUUGAUGAAGUAACAACGAAAAGGAGAAGAACUAGCCUGUAAUAAAUUAUGGGAGAGCUCUCACAUCAAGGCUCGCUUUGCUUUGAUAUGACGAAAUGGAGUGGGGUGUGUGUCUUCUUAUAUUUGGAAAGAAAGUUUAAAAAAAUCUCGGUCUAUAUAUGUAGCACUACUGUA